AUGCCUUUCCCGUACGAAGUCAUGCUCGCAAUAUGCGAGUUGAUCUACAGCAGCCCUGACGGUUGGCGCCACUUGCUCCCCCUGCUAGUAGUCAAUAGUUUCGUUAGCGACGUCGCCCUGACGGUCUUAUGGCAGGAGUUGCCUUCUCCCGCACCCUUGCUUCACCUAAUGCCGGAGCAAGUGGUGGAAAGGCAUCUCCAUCCAAAUGGAAACUGGCGCUAUACGUUUUCUUGGCUCCCUUCACCAUGCCAACUUGACCGCGUCGAUCUCUAUGCCCCUCGCAUUCGCACGAUUGUGGCACGUCCAGGCUGUCUCAGUGUUGAGGCGGUCGACAUUCUCAUAUCCAUAUUCCUUUGCCAUGCCUCUAGAUCUGAUGCCCCCCUCCUUCCGCACCUGACUUACUUGCGACUAGCCGACUCCAGCAGUCCUCUUCUGAAAAUCCUGCCGUACAUCAUCAAUAGCGGUUUUCAAACGCUCAUCCUCCCAGACCUGUACGGUCACUCACAGCCUGUUCUCUCUCGUGUCCUCAGUACACUUCCAUCCCUCCGAAACCUCGCCUGGCUCGAACUUGGCCAACCCGUUCGUCAUCUCGUUCGAAACAUUCACCUUUUCCCUACCCUUCGCUCCCUUAAAGUCCCUUUGAUUGAGGAUAUGCAACCAAUAUUUAUGCAUCCCUCACUACUCCACCUGACGGUGGUCAUAUAUGGCCAAGUGUACUUGCCGCCAAAUACCCCUAAUUUCCAUCAUCCCCUUCUGUCUUUUGGGAUUGCAUUUCGGGGGAGCUUCAUGAACGGCUCGCAAGACAACGAAGCCUUCACCACUGCCCUUAUCGUGUUGCGUGGUUUCCAGGUCCCGUGUGAGCAAUUAAACAUCUCGCUGUUUUACCAGCUCGGCGGCGUCGCGCUGGGUGAAUUCCUCAACUCCCUGGCUGCCCUGCCCAAUCCUUCCGCCGUUUCCCUCUUCUCAGCGUCUGACCUAACGCAUUUCAGUGUGACUGUACACACUUUCGUUCCAUGCAACGUACCCCCACUAGAGCUCAACAAGAUCGCUCCGCUUUAUCCAUUUUCACUAACGCACAUCGACCUCGGCUGCUUCAAUACGUGCGCCUUUGAUGAUGACGAUCUGCUUUCCCUCUCCCUCGCCUUACCUCAAAUUGAAAGCCUUUUUCUUGGCUGUUCUCGCUACUGGUCAACCCCCCCUAGGGCAUCGCUAGCCGGCGUCUCGUCCCUUCUGCUGCAUUGCCGUGUUUUGCGUAAUCUCGGGCUUGUAUUUAACUGCAGCCUAGAUACAUUGGACUUGAAUCUUCUCCCCGUCAACAAGUUGCUCAACACGCUCACUGUGGGAGUCACCCCGCCUUACAACGACGUUGCAGUUGCCACUUUUUUUGCUCGUUCCUUGCCUAAUCUUACGGACGUAUACGUAGAACCCACUAAUUCAAACAUAUUUGAACCUAACUACAUUACUCAUGAUCGUUUCUUACGACUUACAUACUGGCAGAAUAUUUUACGUAGGAGGUCCUACCUACCAGACGAUGACUUUCCCCUGGCUUACGUAAUAUUUCCCUCUCUCUCCUCAACUUAUAUCACAUCGUUUUGCGACAUUGUUGGGGAAUCACAAACGUUUUUUUUGGACUCUACAGCUUUUCCUGAGGUUAAGAUUAUCACCCGCUUUACGCACUCAAUCCUUUUACCAGUCAUGGAAAAUUCGCGCCCUAUCAAACGGGUGCGUUUUGAAGAGACGUCGAGCGAUAUCAAACGUUCAGAAUUUUCGUUCAACUCAAAGUCCAACAAGAAAUCAUCUCCCUCUGAACAGGAGAUCUGUAAGUGGACCAACACCGACAAGGCGACCGCCCCAUGCUUCGUUAGGGACAUUCUCUCUAUGAGGCAAAGCAUUAGCAAAGCGCCUGAUUCCAGUUUUUAUUGGCUGGGAUAUAUACCCUGCCGCAUAGUACUCAUCGUUGGCGUGGUGGUGGGGAUCGACGUAGGCCCGACAUCGACGCUGUACCUUAUCGACGAUUCGACAGAGGUGAUCGACUGUAUACUUCGCCACCCCCCGCGCUUUGCCCACAUGGACGCUAAUGCCAGAGCAAAGGCAUGGAAACCUGGACCGCUUCCCCCACUUCCGCCUCCACCUCCUGUCACUGCCAUCGGCUACCCGGUACAAGUCGUUGGAAAAGUCGUACAAUUCCAUGACAAACGACAGAUUCGAGCAAAAUCCAUAAAGCCAUGUGAAUCAACCAACGACCAGUGGAAACACAUGAAGAUCGUCGUCGGACUUCACCAGUCCAAAUACUCCGUCACAAAGCCUUUUGAGAUUUCCCCUGACGACAAGCCGUCAUCCCUCGGGCCAUCCAAGUGUGUAUUGCCCGAGCCUUCCUCUCCUCUAACGCACAGCGCGACCUCUGAACCAUCCAGUUUUAUCCUACCUAACCCUACGGACCCCCCUCAAUUUCGGCACCCGUCUCAGUUGCACACGGCGGAUCUCACUGACAACACCUUUCAGCUGUACCUCAAGCAUUAUCUCCAUCACGCGCCCAGUGAUGUCCCUCAUUUCGACACCGCCUCUCCAGCCUUUACCCUCUUGCAUCUACGCCGGAUUCCAGAACUGGCUCUUCUAGCCAGUCGGGUUGUUCAUGCUGAAAUGAGGCGGCGUGAACCGGAGCAGAACGCUGCCCAUACCCGCAAGCGUUACAACUCCCGUUUUGGCCCCAACCACCCGCGGGUCAGGAUGAAACGCCUUUUCAUGUGGGCGCUCCUCCGGCUUUACGAAGAAGGGAGUAUCGUCCUAUACGAUAGACUUUUGAUCCCGCUGACUGUGUCUACGUCUGCGCCGCCCUUCGACCCCGUCGCAACAAACACCACGAACUCUUUAAUUUUGUUAAAUGCUCAGCUCUCGAGCGCAUUUUUUUCAUGUCCUGACGCUAACUCAUCAAAGUGCCUCAUUUCUGAUGAUGAGGCUUAUCUAUCAGACCCGCCGCCGCUUGAGGAAGAAGAGGCCUACGUUCCCGUUACUGCCACACUCCUCGCCCAGCCUGUGCGAGAUAUCAUGUCUGCAAGAGGCGUUCGAGGAAAGAGCACCAGGGUUAGAGCCGCGGACAUUGCAAGGGAUUUGAAAAAGUUGGAUAAUCGUUGGGCGCGCGUUGACUUGCAGGCUGUCGAUGAGGCUAUAGAUACCAUUGUAAUAGACUAA